GACCUGGCCUCAAUCGUCCAUGCUUAUUAUUAGAACGAAAAAGGGAAUAUUAUUUGAUUAUAUAUAAUUAGAUCUGACAACACACAACAGCCAUGGCAGAACUUGACUGGGGAGCCGCUGUGGAUGAGCAAGAAGUCAGCCUUGUCUCCCAGGUGCAAAAUCUUGACAUACAGAAUUUGGACAGUAAAGCAGUUCCUGCUCCUAGCAAAGCUACAGAACCCAGUAAUGCAAACAUAGCGAACAAUGCAACAACAUCUACGUCAAACGAAAAUGCUACAGCACAAUCGAGCACGAGUGAUGCUCCAGCAUCCAACAGCACUUCCCUCGAUAACAACAAUUCUUCAAACACAGAUGGUGAGAGUAGUCCUAAGCAUAAAGCUGCAGAUGCAUCUAAGGAAGAACAGCUACGUAAACUGGUGAAGUCUAAACUGGUCACAUCUGUACAUGCAGACCUGGAAAUUCUUCAGGCGGACCCGAACUCGCCUCUCUUCAGUGUCAAAUCAUUCGAGGCAUUAAAUCUGAAAAAGGAACUGCUACAGGGAUUGUAUGAUAUGAAGUUUAAUGCCCCAUCAAAGAUUCAAGAAACAGCUCUGCCAAGUUUAUUGGCAGAUCCUCCCGUCAACAUGAUAGCCCAGAGCCAGAGUGGGACGGGAAAGACAGCAGCGUUUGUACUGACCAUGCUGAGCCGUGUAGAUACAAACAAAUCCUACCCACAGUGCCUUUGUUUAGCGCCGACGUAUGAGCUGGCUUUACAAAUCGGACAGAACAUUGAACAAAUGUCAAAACAUAUGACAAAUUUCAAACUGGUUUACGCUGUGAGAGGAGAAAGAGUUGCAAGAGGACAAAAAGUUCAAGGUCAUAUCAUCAUCGGGACACCAGGGACAGUGGCAGACUGGUCACUCAAAUUUAAAAGCUUUGACUUGAAGAAGAUUGAUGUAUUUUGUUUAGACGAGGCUGAUGUUAUGAUUGCUACACAAGGUCACCAGGACCAGUCCAUUAGGAUACAGCGAGGACUAAGAAAGGAUUGCCAGAUGUUGUUAUUUUCGGCUACAUACGACGAUGAUGUGAUGAGAUUUGCACAAGCUGUGAUUCCAAAUAACCCAGUCAUUAUCAAAUUACGGCGUGAAGAACAGAGUUUGGACAAUAUCAAACAGUAUUACAUAGAGUGUACAGACAAAGAAAGUAAAUUCCAGGCUUUAUCUAAUAUAUACGGGAGCAUCUCUAUAGGCCAGUCAAUGAUCUUCUGUGCGACACGGAAUACAGCCCAUUGGUUGUCAGAAAAAAUGACAAAGGAUGGUCAUGCUGUUGGAUUGUUGAGUGGAGAUCUUGACAUUGCCCAGAGGGCGGCCAUCAUUACCAGAUUCAGGGACGGCAAAGAGAAAGUGCUCAUCACAACAAACGUAACUGCUAGAGGAAUAGAUGUUGAACAGGUCACAGUUGUUGUGAACUUUGACCUUCCCCUUACGCAAGAUAUGAAACCAGACAACGAAACGUAUCUACAUCGUAUUGGACGGACGGGUCGGUUUGGGAAAAAUGGAAUCGCACUCAACCUCAUUGACAACUCCAGAUCAUUCAACACCCUUCGGGCCAUAGAGAAAUUUUUCGGACGACGAAUAGUUAAACUGGAUGCUGAAGACAUUGAUGAAAUAGAAAAGAUCGGGACAUAAAACUAAUUUACAUUGAGGACUAAUUUUAGUGUGCAAAUCAAACUCGUUCUGUAUUUUCCUUGUAUACAUUGAAUGGAAAUUUUUACAAUAAGCAUUGAGUAAGUUUGGAAAUAUCUUGUGAAAAGAUCAUAAUACCAACUUUGAAUCCAUAGCUCAAAUUUCAAUCAAGAACUUUUUAAACAUUAAUGGAUAUUUUAAAUUUAUGAAUAUGACAAUUUGUGUUGGAACCCCGAGACGCCUGAUCCUGAUGACAUUGAAAAACAGAUAUCUUCGAUAAUAGAACUCCUCAUCUAAUCACUGGAAAGUUUAUUCUGUGCUAUAUACAUGGAAAGCUGGAAACUUAUUGAAGGAGUCAGAGCUUAUUGAAGGAGUCAGAGCUUAUUGAAGGAGUCAGAGCUUAUUGAAGGAGUCAGAGCUUAUUGAAGGAGUCAGAGCUUAUUGGAAGGAGUCAAAGUUUAAUGUUGAAGUAUUCAACAUUUUGUUCAAUUCAUGCAGAUGAAAGAGUCAUACACUACGUUCAAGGUGUCAUUUUGCAAUAUAAUAUCAGCAUUUCUUCAGAUUUCAUUUUUGCAGCCUUUAAUAUCAGAUUAGAUUCAAUAAUUUAUCAGUUUUCAAAUUUUCAUGUCAUUGCCAAAUUAUAUUGGUAUAUGCUACUUUGUGUUUAGAUAAAAACCUCUGAUUCUUAGAAUGUCCGAAUGUGUUCAGUCAUUUAUAGGGUGCGCAGAGGUCCGACAGUAAUUGUAAUGAUAUACAAAGUGGGUUUGGAGGACACUUCUAUUUUGGAGUGAUGUCUUGAGGAAUUUAUUACACCUGAAUUCAAUGAUUCCCUGAAAACUGGUUUUCAUGGGGCCUGUUCGUUUAUGCGGACAAACGGGUUCGUCAGUUUUUAAAUGUAAUAUUUCAAAUAUAUAUCUUGACAGACCUGCAAAUGUUAAUACAGGCCUUGGAAGUCUUUGUCAAGGCUCGUCUGAAAACAAUAUAAAAUCACCAGGUCCGUCUUUAUUUCAUAAAUUACCAACACCGGUCCAAGUGGUCUAAUCGUUUGGACCGCAAAAACAAAAACAGCCAUGAUAUUUUGUUCAUACAGCUUGUUAUCCAAAAAGCUCUUUAAUACAAAGAAGUAAAAUUGUCAAGUUUCUGGAUGAUAAAUCUUUCAUCCAUAAAGAUUUUAUAUGAGAUUUAUUUUGUGGUAGGUAAAUGUGAUAUUUGUGUUCAAGUGCUAGAAGCGUCUCCAAACACAUUUUUUGACUAGUUAUAUAUGAAUACCAUGUGGUUGUUAAUGAUAAUUUGACAAGUGUCCUUGGAAUUUGUUCUUUCAUGAUAAUGUAUAUUUGUGUCUGUAGAGUAUUAUGUAUUACUUACUGUAUUCAUGCAUGGCCUUUGAACUCGUAAAAUUUUUUGUUCCAUUUAAACUCUUAUAUUAUUUUAAUGUGAAAAUAAGCAAGCCUUUUGCAUUGUAACAAAGAAAAAAAAAAGAAACUUGAAAGGGUUGACCUAAUAAUAUUAAAAUACAUGUACUACUAUAUAAAAAAAAAACUACGAACAUGUUGUUAUAACUGAAUCAUUAUCUGAAAGUCCAUCUUACUUGAAAGAAAAAUUGUGGUUUACAAAACUACGAACAUGUUGUUAUAACUGAAUCGUUAUCUGAAAGUCCAUCUUACUUGAAAGAAAAAUUGUGGUUCAAGAUUUGUUUCGCUAUACAUGUAUAUCCAUAUUGAAAAAAAAUCUUGGAUUUUUUUAAAAGUAAUAUCUCAAUUUGAUCACAUAUUCAUUUAUAAACUUAGAAAACAUACAAAAACAUACAUCAUGCUGCUAUCUUAUGAUGUUGAUAAACACCGACACAUGCUACGGAUGACUAUAUCACUAUAUCUCUCAAUUACCGGUAGAUGCAAUUCUCAUACCUCUGUUUGUUGGAUAUGUAAAAUUGAUCAACAUAAAUUCUAGAUCUGACAGUGCAAUAGUUUUUGUGAAUGUUGUAUAUUUGGUACAAGUUUAAAAGCUGCCUGAAAUGUGAUUAGCAUACCAUAUUUAUCUGAUGUUAAGCCUACAGUAUGCCUGGUAAAUAAGCCAACCUGUGUCUAUUGCACUUCAGUGAUCUUAAAAAAACUUUUUAUUGUCCAGGUCUUCAGAUCGAGGCUUAGUUUAUGUGUUGGCCUACUCGGCUUACUAUAAGAUAAAGGCAGUGUCAUUUUGGAUACAAGUUCUCUCCAUCAAAGACCUAAGAAAAUACAGCCUUUUAAACAUUGACUGUUACAUGCUGUUUUACCUAGUAAAAAAAUAUUGGUUGAUAUUGCAUAAGACCUUUGAAUUUCAAAAUACUUGUUAAUAUCGCAUAAGUCUUGAAUGUUCUGUGUAUUUCAGUAAUGAACCAAGACUGAAUAAAUUGUAAAAUAGUGAGGUUAUCAUUGUGUAAGUUGAAUUGACGAAAAGUGGUUUAUGAUCAUUGGAAACAGUUUAAAAGUUUAAGUCCGUCAUAAUCUGUUCUUGUAUAUGAGCUAGUACCUGUAACAAUUGGUUUCAGAAGAAAGUGGUUUUAACUUAAAAAGAUGAAGAAGUUUUAAAUACAUACAACUGUACAAGUAAAAAUUGCAUUCAUGUUAAGGUGUUAUGCUACCAUUUUGCAAUAUGCAUCUCCUUUUAAAAGUUUUAUACUUUAAAUUAAACCUUGUGUAAUUUGAUCAGGUUCAAACCAUAUGAUAAGUAAUUGUAAAACAGUAUUUUAUCUACUUUUUUGCGACUUGUUUUUUGCUAUCUUGUCAUGAUUUCUUUCUUUUCAUGAAUUAAUUGAAUAUUUGUUUUCUGAAACUUCCAAUCAAUUUACAAAAUAUUUUGUUCAGUAUACUAGAGAUCUAGACAAUCGAGAAUAGAAGAAAAUGUUCUUAGUUGUAUAAGUUAGCAAAUGUGUCUUGGACAAAAUACAUUUAAAAAGAAAACUAAAUUGAAAGACUGCUGGAACAUGAAAAAACAUUUAUAAAUUUUCAAUGUGUAUUUGAUACAUAACUGUUGUAGAGUUGGUGACGUUGAUAAACAAAUAUUAUUUUUCAACAUGUAUGGCUACAUAUUUUGAAUUUGUUGAAUUUUUACAUGGCAGUUGGAAUUUAUUUGUCAUUCCUGCUAUCUAGGAAUAGUCUAGGCUAGUCUUGUUCAACCAGACUCUUGUUGUUUGCGCAUGCUUCACCACAGAGAAUGGGUAGCAUGAAGCAUCUGGUUGAACAAGACUAAAUGUUGGCACAAUGGACUAAAAUGGCAAGGGCUGGGGGUGAAAAAUGGGAGGUCGUUGCUUGUUAAAUCAAAUAUUUCUUAAACUUUGUAUGAAUUUCAUUUGCACAACAAAUGUACAUUUUAUAUAUUAAUGUAAACAUCCUGUCCAUUAUUUGUAUGUUAUCAUUGACAGAAUCAAGCCAUGUCAUUAAAUCUUUGAAAGUUGC